CGGAGGAAUGAUCUUCACAAGCCUCCAGAACAUCUCACAUCUUCUGAGGAGCCUUUAUUUCUUCAGCUCGCAAUCAGCGCUGGAUUCACUCAGGGGAAAAAAGUUCUCCCGUUGAUCCAGUGGCUCGUCUGACUGCAGCAUCAUGACUCUGGCUCCUAAAGAGCUGUCCAAUCUGCUGGGCAUCAUGUCGGAUGACGCCUGCAGCAACAGCUUCGAGCAGCUCUCCACAGCCUUCCACCACUGCUUCGGGAAAGCCGAGCACUUCCGCGUGGGUUCGGUUCUGGUGAUGCUUCUGCAGCAGCCCGACCUGCUUCCCAGCGCUCCUCAGCGGCUGACCGCUCUCUAUCUGCUGUGGGAGAUGUACCGCACCGAGCCGCUGGCCGCUAACCCCUUCGCCGCGGUGUUUGCGCAUCUGCUGAACCCGUCGACCGCGGCAGAGGAGCAGGAGACGCUCUCUGGUUUCCUGCCCCCCAUCACGCUGCCGGAGAAGUACUUCCUGUCUCAGCUGAUGCUGGCUCCGCCGCGAGAGCUCUUCAAGAAGACGCCGAGACAAGUGUCCAGCAUGGACAUGAGCUCCACACCGCAGACCAUAGACAUCAGCGGACUGCAGCUGGCGCUCGCCGAGCGUCAGUCGGAGCUGCCCACUCAGAGCAAGGCCAGUUUUCCCAGCCUGCUCAGCGACCCCGACCCAGACUCCUCCAACUCUGGCUUCGACAGCUCCGUGGCCAAUCAGAUCACAGAGUCUCUGGUGUCCGGCCCGCGGCCUGCUCUGGAGAGUGAGUGUGACAUGCUCGUGUUUCUGCUGUGUGCUAACUAUAUUUUUAUCAAAUGUUCUUUGGUUCCUCAGCUGCUUGGUGAACUGGAGAAGGACCCAAAGCUGGUUUAUCACAUCAGUCUGACUCCAGCCAAACUACCGGACCUGGUUGAGAACAACCCUCUGGUGGCCAUCGAGAUGCUCCUGAAGCUGAUGUCCUCCAGCCAGAUCACGGAGUAUUUCUCUGUCCUGGUCAACAUGGACAUGUCGCUGCACUCCAUGGAGGUGGUCAACAGAUUAACCACAGCGGUGGAUCUUCCUCCUGAGUUCAUCCAUCUCUACAUCUCCAACUGCAUCUCCACCUGUGAGCAGAUCAAAGACAAGUACAUGCAGAACCGUCUGGUGCGUCUGGUGUGCGUCUUCCUCCAGUCCCUCAUCAGGAAUAAGAUCAUUAAUGUUCAGGAUCUGUUCAUCGAGGUGCAGGCCUUCUGCAUCGAGUUCAGUCGAAUCCGUGAGGCCGCCGGUCUCUUCCGCCUCCUCAAGACUCUGGAUAACGGAGAGAUGCCAGCCGAGGGCAAGACGGCCAAAUGAACUCAAGGACUAAAGCUGAGUCUCUCCUCUAUUAAAGCACAUGAGUGCAGCCUUUCAGCUCACAGACUGAACGGCGUACGAACUCCAUCUGUUUUCUCUUCCUAUCUUUACAACAUGUGCUCCACUAUCGUGACCUGUUUUGAUCCCAAACACCUGUAUUUUUUGUCCAUUAAAGUGAUGGUUGCGUACACGUUCCCAGAC